CAAAGUCUAUCCUCAGCUUCCUAGUUUCUUCCGGGCAGUUUCCCAAACUCCUAUUUAAUUCUUCACGUCCUUGUUGCGGCCGUAGCUUCUGAUUUCUUUUUGGUUAAUGACCACGAAGCGUCUCCAGGCGACACGAGAGAUUCGUCAUCCCCACAAAACCAGUGACAACGGGAGUCAUGGCUACUAAGAGGCUUCGCCAGGACGCCGAUCAAGAUCCCGAACUAUCCGACUGCAAGCAGAUGCGUCGGCUUCCGUCCUUCCCAACGGUGAUUAGAGAGGCAGUGAUGGCUAACUCCCUGAAAAACAUUUUAGUUUCCUUGGAGCCAAUGCUGCGCAAAAUGGUGCAAGAGGAAGUAGAGAGAGGAGUAAGCCAAAGUAUUAGCUCGUUCGAGAGAUCUAAUUCGAUACACAUCGAACCGGCCUCAGAAUCAUCAAGCUUGAAGCUUGUGUUUCAGAACCAUCUGUCUCUCCCCAUAUUUACAGGCAGUAAAAUAGAGGGCACGGAUAGCAAGCCGCUUCAGCUGGCCAUCGUCGACGCUUGCACCGGGGAACCUCCGGUUUCGCCGCUGAUGUCGACUGUCAAAGUGGAAGUGGUGGUGUUGGACGGAGACUUCCCGGGAAGGGAUCAACCGAAGUGGAGCAGUUCCGAGUUCCAGAACAAUAUCGUGAGGGAGAGAACAGGGAAGAGGCCAUUGCUGGCUGGUGACGUUAAUCUCACGCUGAGAGAUGGCUCGAUUGCGAUCCCGGAUCUCUCCUUCACCGACAACUCGAGUUGGAUUCGCAGCAGGCACUUCAGGAUUGGCGCCAGGGUUGUGGCUGGAAGCCAUGAAGGGCCGAAGAUUAAGGAAGCUAUGACCGUGCCAUUCAUGGUUAAGGAUCACAGAGGAGAAUUGUACAGGAAACACUACCCACCAGCUCUUGGUGAUGAGGUGUGGAGACUGGAGAAGAUCGCAAAAGAUGGAGCUUUCCACAGAAAACUCUCGGAUGCAAAAAUCUACACUGUCCAAGACUUCUUGAAGCUGUUGGCCGUCGACGCUCAAUCCCUUCGCACUAUACUGGGGAUGGGGAUGUCAGACCGAGUGUGGGAGGCAACGCUUGCUCAUGCUAAGACCUGCAAUGUGGGAGAAACUCUUUAUCUGUAUCGAGGAACGCAGUGCAGACUUCUCUUGAACCCUGUAUGUGAACUUGUGGAGGUUGUCUACGACGGCAUCACACUCUCAUUGCAGAAUCUAAGCAACCCUCAAAGAACCUAUGUACAACAUCUGGUUAGGGAGGCUUAUCAAAACUGGGACAAAGUGGAAGAGACUAAUGCGCUAGUUGACCACAACAUUCUUCGGCCAAAUGAAGAUUGCCAGCUUGAAGACUAUGAAAUCCUUGAUCCUUCCCUUUCUUACUUGGUAGAAACAAAGCAAACGAGUACAUCAUCUACGAUGGGCAAUAUGUUUUAUUAGGCCCAAUUAAUCUCCCCGAUUGCUUGAUUGUGAAUUUAAAAAAAAAAAACACUUGGCAAGUUGUCGUGGGGGCUUAUGCAUUCUUUUGUUUUUCAUCUGUUUAUGUACUUUUUAUUUACAAUGUUUUGUAAAUUAAGAUUGCUUCCGCAAAUGGAGUAGAAUGAUAUACAUAAGAACUUGGGCACUUUUAUCUUGCUCA